CCACAGCUGCUGAACUGCCACGCCAUCCCCGAGGUGAAGGUGACGGCGUGUUUGGUGUGGAAGGACUGGCCUUACCGCGUCCACCCCCACGGCCUGGUGGGCAAAGACUGCAGCAACGGGCUCUGCGAGGUCGUCCUCAAGCCUCAGACCAACCCCAAACACAGCUUUAGCAACCUGGGCAUCCAGUGCGUGAAGAAAAAGGAGAUCGAGGCGGCGAUAGAGAAAAAGCUGCAGUUGGGCAUUGACCCCUUCAAAGCCGGUUCCCUCAAAAACCAUCAGGAGGUGGACAUGAACGUGGUGAGGAUUUGCUUCCAGGCUUCCUACAAGGACGGCUCCGGGCAGACACGGCACCUCAGCCCUGUGCUCUCGGAGCCCAUUUUCGACAAGAAGUCCACCAACACCUCGGAGCUGCGGAUCUGCAUGAUGAAUAAGGAGAGCGGUCCCUGCACGGGCGGCGAGGAGCUCUACCUGCUCUGUGACAAGGUCCAGAAAGAGGACAUCGCGGUGGUUUCGUACCAACACCUGGAACUGGCCGAGCCCGUGGAGGUGGAGGUCUUCCUGCAGCGCCUCACCGACAGCGUCUGCAGCGAGUCCUUCCGCUUCACCUACCUGCCCAAGGACCACGGCAGGGAACAGCCGUCCCUGCGCCACCAUCUCCUUCUCUUCCUCCUCCUCCUCCUCCUCGGUGUCUGGCAGGAGCCCCCCCCGGCACGGUGGCAGCUGGGGGACGCCAGGAUGUGGCACGAAGCCCGCAAACACGAGCGCAAGCUGCGGGGGAUGAUGGUGGACUACAAGAAGCGAGCCGAGCGCCGCCGGGAGUACUACGAGAAGAUCGUGAGUGUCCCCGACCUCCUCGUUAUCCCACCCGGGGGACAGCGGUGGUCCCCGGUCUCCUCGUCGUCACACCCCCACCCCUGGGACAGCGGUGGUCCCCGACCGUCCCUCGAUGGGCCCCGAUUUGGGGUGCGCCUGGGGCGUUUGGGAACCGCCUGGGCGCUUUUGCGGCUGGUGUUGGGGUGGAAGAGGGGUGGAUAA